AUGUUCGUCAGACGCCACUCCUCGUAUCCCGCCGUCGCCCUGCCAGGUGGUUGCGCUCGCGACAGCAAUGCCGGAGUCUACGACGGCGAAAGGAUCAUGACCGCUGAUCUGACGAGCACCGGGGAGUUGAAGUUGGGCGUAACGCCUCAGGAUAUUGUCAAUAACGAGGAGAAGACACUGGGACACGCCGGCCACGCGUUUUGGAACGACGUUGGACGUGUUGCUGUGCUGUCGUUCACCAUGGAGGGAAGCCUCAUGCGUUUAUGGCACCAUACCCGCUCGCAUACCGUUGCUUCCGCCUUGUUCGAUAUACAUAACGAACGGCUAUGGUUCGUCGAGUUCAUCCUAUUGAACACCUAUGCACCACUUUCUAUGCUCGGCAUCGAUCCCACUGUCCGUCGUGUCAUCGACGAUGAAGCCCACCUGCAGUACCAGUUCGACAUAUACACCGAGGAUGGAUCAUACAAGACCUACCAGACCGAGAGCGUCCUGGAAGACGUCGACGAUCAGCCCAUCUACACGCGCUCGAUGCGGGUGUUCAAGGUCCAUCUCGUCACCCACAACACCGACAAUCCGAAGGAGCGCGUACUCGAUAAGACACCGAAUGACCUUCGCGACUACUGGGUGUUCAGCGACGUGAAGGAUGAAGGCGUCAUACAAGAGGGCAUCAGGCGCAAGUUGGAAUCGUUCCCCGACUGGCCCCAGAUUAAAGACCACUUCAUGGGCAUCGAGGAGGAUGGCGCAGUUCGGUAUCCACCCGGGGAUCCGACGGCUCGCAGUAGUGUCCCUCCUCCUCCUUCGGACUCGCUUUACUUUCACUUCAUGAACAAGGACAACCCGAGCAAUACUCCGGCCGCCGAAGCCAAAAUCAAGUCCGCAAGUGCGACUCGAGACUGGGAGAAGAAGCGCGAUGGCGUUGCGAAGCUUGCGCCCGGGGCGGCCUCGGAUCCCGUCCUACAGGUGCACGGCAAGAAGCACUGCCGCACCAAGUAUGUGCAAUUCUGCAUGGACUUGUACAAAGUCUCGCACCCUGCCCUCUAUUUCUUCGCUUUGAGUCAGGUAGUCAGGAUCCUCAGAUACCUGAAGCGCGAAGGUUACCUGCACAGGGACGUUAGUCCUGGUAAUUUCCUGCUUUACCAUCGAAGCGGUACUCUGCCUACGGAAAUCGUCGCAGAGUUGGAUCAGUGGAUCACCUUGGUCUCUGAUCUGGAAUACUCAAGGCCCUACCACGGUGGCACCGGACAUGACCCUCUCACCGGUACAUCAAACUUCAUCGCAAUCGAAGUACAGAGACACGAGCAUAUUUUUGCCCCAUUGGCCCUGGGCACGUUCCCACCUAUUUCGACCUUCUUCGCCUUCAACUACUACCAUGACUGCGAGUCGGCAUUGUGGAUGGCGCUCGACUUUGCUUUUCGCAAGAUAUCCAAGAGCAAACUCGGCACCUCGGUAUCCGGCGAUUUGGCCGAAGAGAUCCUGCGCGGGCACGCGGUUGACCUCUUUCCGCGGAUGGAGUCCGGGUCAGCGGCGCGCCACGGUCUCCUCACGAACAACGGAAAGAUAACAAGGCUCGACGCCGCUCUCUGCGCCGUCUACGGCCUCGACACGCCAUUACGGAAGAUCAUCGCUCUCAUACCGAAGAUGCGCGAUGCCUACGAGAAUCUCGAGGACAGUGUACACGUGCCAACUAUCAAGCUCGACGAAGACCGUCAAGUACUCGACGAUUCGCUCUUCUUGGACGACAUUUACGACAAGAUGGAGGCUACCUUCCGCGAGAUCAGCGACGCUUUCCUCAACUGCGAUGAGGAGUUCGUCUGGCUGCCUCCUCCACCUGUGAAGGUGAUCCCACCACCUCGCUUCGCCUCUGAGGCGCGCAUGCUCGGCCCCGAAGUACCGCCCGUGAUCGACUCGGAGGAGACGACUCAGGAAGACAACGGCAGCGACGCUGACGCUGACGGCCCCUUCUCUCGGCUGGAUACCCCCACGCCCGGUCCUCGAACACGCAGUCGCGCUAGACAGGCGAAGGCCAGCGCAAACUCCUCAAGGGACACCUCUACCGAUACCCAGCGCGGCGCCCGCAAGCGCGACACUCGCGAAACCGGCACUGAGCGAAAGCCGCCAAGGAAACGUUCUCGUCCUAGCCCUGAGCCUAAGCGUCGGUCUGAUCGUCUUGCGGCGAAGAGCAAGGAAGCGCUUCCACCGGAUGGACCUGUGGCCUCUAGGACUCGGUCAGGCGGUCGUUCCAAGUCUCCGAAAGACUCAGGAAGCCGUCAGAGAAAGCGGUCGGGCAGGCCCUAG